AUGAAAAGGAUUUUUUCUGGUGUGAAGUCCCCAAAGUUGCCUGCUCCCCCAAAAGUUUUCAAGAAUGAUGACAGUCCAUCGACUCCGAACUCUCCUAAAUUUGACCAAGGGCUUCGGAGUUUAUCAGCAUCUGCCUCAAGACUCUUUAGUAGCUCAAUAUCUACUCCUGGGAGCCCCACGUUAGAUCUUCCACAGGAACAUUCUGUUAAUGGCGAUAUCUCUCCAGAAUUAGUGCCAAUCAUUACUUUACUCUCUGCACAGGCUCAUAGGAGAUACCAUUAUGGUAUAUUCUUGAUAUUACACGAUCUGAAAACGGAUGGUACACCUGCUGCGCGUCAAUGGGAAGAAUGCUAUGGUGUAUUGUUGGGAACCCAGUUGGCCUUAUGGAAUGCGAAGGAACUGUCAAAUUCGAGGGCUAAUAAAGAGGCAUCAACUCUGAAGAAAGUCGCAUCAAGACCUACUUUCAUUAACUUCACAGACGCUUCAGUAAGGAACUUGAAUUCUAACGAUCAUAUACUUAGUACAGAAAAUGACAAAAACACAAAAAAAGAUCUAGACAACGUUCUCGUUGUUUCCACAACUUUGAAAAACAGAUAUUUCUUAAAAUUCAAGGAUUCGAAAGCCUUCAAAACUUGGGACGCAGCUAUUAGGCUUAGUCUGUUCGAGUUUACCGCAUUACAGGAAGCGUACACAGGCUCCUUUCUCUCGAGUAGGGGGGUUAAGCUUGGCGAUAUUAAAGUUGUUAUGGCAGAUACGAAAUUCACCUAUGAAGACUGGGUUAGCGUGAGAUUUGGAACAGGUAUGCCGUGGAAGCGUUGUUACGCUGUUAUUUCCCCACAAUCUAGCAAGAAAAAGAAAAAAAAUUCAAAAGGCUCAAUAUGUUUUUAUGAAAAUGACAAGAAAACCAAAAAAUCAAAUGUAAUGACGACUGUGGUGGAUGCAAGGGCUUUAUAUGCUGUUUAUCCCUCUUCACCAAUAUUAAUUGACAUAUCCACUAUCAUAAAAUUAGAAGGUCUUGUUUCUUUUGAAAAAAGUGAAGAGCCUCAGGACACCAACAUCUUCAUUAUGCCUGAGAAACAUCAAGGAGUUCCCGGCUAUGAUACUAUCAUUCGUUUCUUAAUUCCCGCUAUGAAUGCCUUCUACCUAUACGGUAGACCAAAAGGUUUAAUUGCUAAUAGAAUUGAUCCUGAUUCUCUACUGUUUGCUUUGCCAACGCUUCCGCAUAUAUAUUAUUUACAGGUGGAUGAUGUUGUAUCAUUAACAAAAGACAAGAAUUACUUACAUUGGAGUACUGUCGACUGGAGAAGCAACAUUGUUAAGUUAUUACAAAAGAAAUUAGGUAAAGGUUACAAAGGAUGUGGUAAUAAAUCUGUAUCUGCUUCAUCUGGGAUGAUGAAGUCGCCAACAAUUAGUUCAAUAGAAUUAUUUGAAGGGUACGAUUCUCUUCCUGAAGAGCAAAUAGAGAGCCCACAAAAACCUGAAAUAAGAUCUCAUUCUACCUUGAAAUUAUGCGAUGAUGCUAGUUCGCUUCCAGCCUCUGUAAAUUCGCAUGCCACCUCAAUCAAACGAACAGAAUUAUUAGUGGCUGAUACGCAUUCAAAAAUCAUUGAUUCUGUGUCAGCGCAGUCUAGCGUUACCUCCACCUUCAAAGAUACCUUUACCACCCCGAUGACAUCGGGAAUGUUUAACCAAGAAAAUGCAGAGAGAAGCAUCACACCAAGUUUAAAGCUUGAAAUUACUGAUUCAAACUUGAAAGACGUGGAUGACGUUGCAGCGAACUCCGCUAAGAAUUUUUCUAUAACGUCACAAGGUAAGCAUAUUCCUUCAUAUAACGCAGCGGAACUAUCUGCCCUCUACGAUAAAUACUCUACAUCUCCUUUUGGAGAAUCUGAGGCGAAUCCAAACCCCAAACCACAAACGUUGGAAAUUAAGGAUCGCAUAGAAAACGAAACUAGAAGUCCUUAUGAGAGAUAUGUAGGAACAUCCACCGAAAGUAAGACAUUUGAAAUAGGCAACGUUAGAGAGUCUAAGAGUACAAUCAAUACAUCUCUAUCAUCACCUUUGAAAGUAGAGGGUAAUAGACGUUCCAAUAACGAAGAUCUGGGAUCUUUAAGAGAGUUUGAAGAGUUAUCUCAAAAGAUCAGCAAUAUGGGAGUGGGUAAUAUCUCUCCAGACGCUUUUAAUGCUAGGCCGGAGGACAGAUCUUUAUCAACUGAUUUAAACUUAGAUAUUAAUAACAAUUCAUCUCUCAACCUACACGAAGAACCACAGGGGCCAAAUUUUGGAGAGGAGAACGUAUUUGAUCCAGACUAUAUGGAACAGAACCAAAUGCUCGAGACAGAAAGUAGAUACACUACGGAUGAAUUUGACUUUUCAGAUAACCAAGAUGCAGCGUCCAGUAAUUACAGCAAUACGCAGACAAAUUUAAUGGUGUCUGAAAAUUUUCCUAUUGGUGAGAAAAAUGAGAAGAUUCCGCAUUCUUCUUUAUUUACAAACUUAAACCAGUUUACUUCCAAUGGAGGUAACUAUCAAAAUAAAACCAACAUCAGUGGCGACCAAAUAAACAAUCCCCUACAAUUCCAGCCUCUUCAUGCGACAGGGCCUCAAUCUUCAUCAUUUGCUUACAGAAAUUCUUCAGCCAAUACUUCACAACCUCGAGUACCAUAUCCCUCUGGUCGCUCAUUGGGGAAAAUAAGAACAGGUCCAUUGACCAUGCAGCCAAUAAACCAAGGUAAUAACUCAUCAACGGAUACCUUUCAAUCUCCACGAAAUCGGUUUCCGACAGCCCAAGAGCAACAAAUGCAACCACUUUCUUCUAGUAACGAUGCUUAUGGAAAUGUUAAUAAUCAAAAUUCACUCCGUCCAUCUCAGCAACCUCAAAACAUGAGAUAUAUGAAUAAUAAGGCACCAAUGAACAAUAGACCUCCAGUAUCACAAACACAGCCUAACAUCCGGAAUGUGCGUCCUAACCUCCAUAUAAACACCAGUAACCACUCAAAGCCACGUUCUUUACAAGGCGGGUUUUCUCAGUUCAUGCCUUCCAAUAGCACAUCAACCAACCCAUAUUCUAACUAG